GGGAAGGGUGCAAGGUCCAGCCGGGCGAGGGGUGGCCGCCUGCUGCAAAAUGAGGCGCCUGUUCUUCCUCCUCGGUGUCCUGCAGCUCCUUGCUGCUGCUGCUGCCAUGUACAAGCAGUGGAUCCCCAACACCAAUUUCGAAACCGCCUCCAACUGGGAUAAAGGCAGAGUCCCUUGUGCCAGAGACGUGAUUCACUUUGAGAAGGACAAGGUCGUCUCAGUCUUCGUCAGGUCUCCCUAUGCGCUGACGGACAUGUACCUGCCCCUGAAUGGAGAAUUCGUGCUGGCAGCCGGUGCAGGAUUCACAGCUUUCGAUGGCAGCUGGGAUCCAGGAUGUGACUCAGGUGGAACAGUGAGGUUCACUGACGCUGAGCAGCACUCGUGGUUUGACCCCACGCUGUGGCAGGAUGUGUUUUCCAGCGGGGAGCUCAAGCCGAGUGGGCGCAUGUUUUCCGUGGAUGAGGAACGCGUCCCGUGCCACUACGAUGAUGUUAUCUUCCCCGCCGAAACCUCCUUCCGCGUAAACACCGACUCAUCACAGCAAGUGAUUCACCUCCGCAGCAUCUCUGUCAUGGGCCAGGAGCUGAGCACCCCAGAGGCCUGGGCUGGGUACCUGCAGGGCCCCUCUGCCCCGCUGCAGUUUCACGGCAAUGGCACUCUCCAGGUGACAGGGACUGGCUGUCCCGACAAGUCCGGCUGUGCCUGCGGGAAUGCCCCGGAUGGCUCCCGCAUCUGCGCAGCCCUGCUCAGGGCAUCGGGGAAGCAGUGCCCAGUGCCAGUGUGCCAGAGCCCUUUGCAGCCCCUUGGCCACUGUUGUGGGGUCUGUGGGGCCACCAUCAACCUGGAUUUCACUCCUGAUUUUGACCUGCAGAAGUACCAGGACAGAUUGGUCCAAGAGUUGCUGAGCCAGCCCAAGUACACUGGAGUGCAGAUGGCCAUAUCCAAGGUGCACAAAGCACAGACCUUCCUGGGCAUCAUAUCCCGGAGCUUCACUCCUCUCAUCCAAAUCGUGCUGAUUGAUGACAGGGCAGGAGCACAGACUGGCACUGCUGCGGAGCAGCUGGCAGGAGACAUCAUGGAGGACGUGGCACAGCACGGUGAAGCACUUGGCAUUUCAAGUGGCAAAAUGGAAGUGGCCACUGGCAGCACUUUCAGCCGGCAGAGGGGGAGCCACACAUUGAGCAGGAUCACAGCGGGGACGGUCAUGGGGCUACUCUUCGGUCUCAUGUUCCUUGGAGGGAUCCUCUUUCUCUACAGAAAGGGAAAGCUAAGGUUGCCUGCCCUGCGCACGCCCUGGCACAGAUUGGAGGACCCAGUGUCCCCUGCACCAGCCAGUGACAAAGGCUUUGACAACCCCAUGUUCAACGUGGAGCCCCCAAGUGCUGACCCUGGAGAGGAGACACCCAAAGAUCUCCAGGUCUUCUACCUCAACCCUCUGUAUGACGCAAGUGAGACGGAGACCUGAUGGUGUGGACUCAUGCUGGGGGCAGACACCACUUCCUUGGGGACACCACCCCCUCUCCAGGCCUCACAGCCCCUCACAUAGCUCCUGGUGGGAUCUAAGCCAGAAGCAGAUCCCACCUGAAUAAAAGUGUCCAUGAAGUGAAGGAAAACAUAGCAAACCUUUGCUGUUGGGGCUCAGGCAUAUGG